CCUGCGCAGUCGGUAGUGAGCGCCCCGUGGGCCGAGGCCGCCGCCGGCGAGGAGCGCAGGGCAGCGCGGCUGGGGCGGCCGCUCAGGGGCUGCGGUGGUGCUCGGUGCCAGUGCUAGUCCCGGUCCCGGUCCUGCUGCCGGCGUCAUGAGGAGCCGGAGCAACUCGGGCGUGCGUCUGGACAGCUACGGGCGCCUGGUGCAGCAGACCAUCCUUCGCCACCAGGACGCGGUGACGGGGCUGCUCCCCGCCAGCGCCGACCACCAGGACGCCUGGGUCCGGGACAACGUGUACAGCAUCCUGGCGGUCUGGGGUCUUGGCCUGGCCUACCGCAAGAAUGCCGACCGCGACGAGGACAAGGCUAAGGCCUACGAGCUGGAGCAGAGCGUGGUGAAGCUGAUGCGGGGGCUGCUCCAGUGCAUGAUGAGACAGGUGGACAAAGUAGAGGCCUUCAAGUACAGUCAGAGCACCAGGGACUGCCUGCAUGCCAAGUAUAACACCCACACCUGUGCCACUGUGGUAGGAGACCACGAAUGGGGUCACCUACAGAUGGAUGCUACUUCCCUCUACCUCCUCAUGCUUGCACAAAUGACGGCCUCAGGCCUCCACAUAAUUCACAGCUUGGAUGAAGUCAACUUUAUCCAGAACCUCGUGUUCUACAUUGAAGCUGCCUACAAAACUGCGGACUUUGGCAUAUGGGAGCGUGGGGACAAGACGAACCAGGGCAUCACCGAGUUGAAUGCCAGUUCUGUCGGCAUGGCCAAGGCUGCCCUGGAGGCACUGGAUGAGCUGGAUCUCUUUGGAGCCAAGGGAGGCCCACAGUCAGUGAUACGGGUGCUGUCGGAUGAGGUGCAGCACUGCCAGUCCAUCCUCCACUCAAUGCUGCCCAGGGCCUCCACAUCCAAGGAGGUGGAUGCCAGUGUGCUCUCUGUCAUCUCCUACCCGGCAUUUGCUGUGGAGGACAGUGAGCUGGUGGAAAUCACCAAGCAGGAGAUUAUCACCAAGCUGCAGGGGCGCUAUGGCUGCUGCCGCUUCCUCCGGGAUGGAUACAGGACUCCCAAAGAGGACCCCAGACGCCUCUACUAUGAACCUGCAGAGCUGAAGCUGUUUGAGAACAUUGAGUGUGAGUGGCCUCUCUUCUGGGCAUACUUGAUGAUUGAUGGGAUUUUCAGUGGAAACAUGGAGCAGGUGCAGGAGUACCGGGAAGCCCUUGAGGGGGUUCUCAUCAAGGGGAAGAAUGGGGUACACCUGCUGCCAGAGCUGUACAGUGUCCCACCAGAUAAGGUGGAUGAGGAAUACAGGAACCCACACACUGUGGACAGGAUACCCAUGGGCAAGCUGCCACACAUGUGGGGACAGUCCCUCUACAUCCUGGGUUGUCUGAUGGCUGAGGGGUUUCUAGCUCCCGGUGAAAUAGAUCCCCUCAACCGCCGUUUCGCGACUGUCCCUAAACCUGAUGUGGUGGUCCAAGUGUGUAUCCUGGCCGAAACAGAGGGAAUCAAGGCAAUCCUGCAGAAGGAGGGCAUUGAUGUGGAGACUGUGGCGGACGUCUACCCCAUCAGAGUGCAGCCUGCUCGCAUCCUCAGUCACAUCUAUGCCCGGCUGGGCCGCAACAAGCAGAUGUGCCUUACUGGACGGCCCUACCGGCAUAUGGGUGUCCUUGGGACCUCCAAGCUCUACAAAAUCAGGAAGAGCAUCUUUACCUUUACCCCACAGUUCAUAGACCAGCAGCAGUUCUACCUGGCUCUUGACAACAAGAUGAUUGUGGAGAUGCUGAGGACGGACCUCUCAUACCUCUGCAGCCGCUGGAGGAUGACUGGGCAACCAACCAUCACCUUCCCCAUCUCCCACACCAUGCUCGAUGAAACCAGCAGCAGUGUGCACCCCACGGUGCUGGCGAUGCUGCAGAAGCUGCAGGAUGGGUAUUUCGGUGGCGCAAGAAUUCAGACCGGUAAAUUGUCGGAGUUCCUGACAACAUCAUGCCGAACGCACCUCAGUUUUAUGGACCCUGGGCCAGAGGGUAAGGUCUUUGCCAAGAGUUACAGGCUCAGCAGUGACAGCUUUGAGAAGCUAGACACCGAGGAGUGGCUGCAUGGCUUGCAGGUAGCAGAGGAUGAGGACACCUACGAUGAGGUUACUCAGUACUUGGAUCACCUGCUGCAGCACACGACUCCCCAGUCAAACCUUCCCCCCACCACCCAGCGGGGAGGGCUGAGCCGCUUCAGGGCUGCUGUCCACACCACCCGCGACCUCAUGUCCCUGGCAUCCAAGGCCAAGGACCUGCAUGUCCAGAAUGUUGGGAUGUAUGUCCCCAGCAGGAUCUUCCAGGCAUCCCAGCAGUCGGUCAAGCUGCUGAGUUCACCCCACCAGCAUGACUUGGAUGGCAAGAGCCAUGCACUCUAUGCAGAGAUGAACUUGCCCCGUGACGAGGAUGGCAACGUGGACUGCAAGGCACUGGUGGACCAGCUGCGCAUCUGCCCCACGCUGCAGGAGCAAGCAGACAUCCUUUACAUGCUCCACAUCCUCAAGGGACCUGAGUGGCACACGGGGCUUGAUAGUGAGCCAGGCCCCACUGUCAAGGAGCUCCUUACUGAGCUGUAUGUGCGGGUGGGGGAGACACGCCAGUGGGCCCUGAUCCGCUACAUCUCUGGCAUCCUCAAGAAGAAGGUUGAAGCUCUGGAUGAGGCCUGUACUGACCUCCUGUCUCGCCAGAAACACUUGACGGUCGGGCUGCCCCCAGAGCCACGUGAGAAGACAAUCUCCACCCCGAUCCCCUAUGAGGAACUUGUUCGCCUUAUUGAUGAAGCCAGUGAGAAGAACCUCAGUGUGUCCAUCCUCACCCAGGAGAUCAUGGUGUACUUGGCCAUGUACAUACGCACACAGCCUGCACUGUUUGCUGAGAUGUUCCGCAUCCGCAUCGGGCUCAUCAUCCAGGUGAUGGCAACAGAGCUGGCACACUCCCUGCAUUGUUCAGCUGGAGAAGCCACAGAGAACCUGAUGAAUCUCAGCCCAUCAGACAUGAAGAGCCUUCUCUACCACAUCCUCUCUGGCAAGGAGUUUGGGGUGGAAAGGAGUGUGCGUUCAGUGGACUCGUCGCUCACCACUGCUGUCUCCAUCUGUGACAUGGAAGCUGUCGGGACCACCAGGCCUGAGCACACUGGCCUCAUCAGGCUGAAAAGUGAAAUCAAACAGCAAUUGGAUAAACGUUGGCAGUCUCUGCCUGGGAGUAAGCCCCUCAGUUUGCAGUCCGGGGACACCGACCUCAAGUCCUCUCUGUCUGCUGGGCACACAGAGCUGCUGGGCAAGGGCUCCUUUUCAAGCAUGCUGGAAGACCAGGGCAGUAAGGACAGCCGGCAGGGCCAGUGGCAGCGGAGGCGGCGGCUGGAUGGGGCCCUUAACCGUGUCCCUGUGGGCUUCUACCAGAAAGUCUGGAAGGUCCUGCAGAAGUGCCAUGGCCUCUCUGUGGAGGGCUUUGUUCUUCCCUCCUCAACAACCAGAGAGAUGACCCCAGGGGAAAUGAAGUUUGCUGUGCAUGUGGAGUCUGUCCUCAACCGUGUGCCCCAGCCAGAAUACAGGCAGCUGCUGGUGGAAGCUAUCUUAGUGCUCACCAUGCUGGUGGAUGUGGAGGUGCACACCAUUGGUGGCAUCAUAGCUGUGGAAAAGAUCUUGCACAUAGCCAAUGACCUCUUCUAUGAGGAGCAGAAAGCCCUGGGCGCUGAUGAGCACAUGCUGGAGAGGGAUCCUUCGACAGGCAUCUGCAGCCUGCUGUAUGACAGUGCACCAAGCGGCCGGUUUGGCACCAUGACCUACCUGUCCAAGUCGGUGGCCUUGUACGUGUAUGACUUUCUGCCCACAGAUGGCUGUUCCAUGCAGUAGCUCUUGCAGUUCCUCACUGGGUUGCAGGUGCUCUGGGAAGGUUGUUUCAUACAGCUUGUAAAGAUGGUUAGUUUAGUUACUAGGUUAGUUUGCGAGGCAGCCUCUGUCACCAUCUCUCCUCCCAGCCCUGGCCUCUUGGUGGGUGAGAGGCCCUAUGAGGAGCUCCACAGGAGGCAUGUGUCCUAAACUGACCUGUGCCUGUGUGUGGCCUUUGGAGCAAGGAAAAGGCUGAGCUUUGAAGCAUGCUUGUGUUAGAAGGUUCUGUCUGCAUGACUCCUCCUGAGCCAUCACCUCCAAAAAGACCUCUGUCUGAAGGACUUGGAAAGGGCUCCCCUGACCAGACCUGUGUGCUCAGCAUUACAAUGCUCUCUGACCAGCUCACACUCUCCCUGCCUCCAGCAGGUUUGCAGUUUUUGACCUCUUCCACGCUGCUUUGUAUUGCAAAUCUGCAGGAUUUAUACUAGUGUACUUGUUCUUCCUGCUACUAUUGGAAAAGCUUUGCUAGAGGAAUAGCGGAUGGUGCAUAAGCCUUUCUCCCAGUACAUUCAAAAUCAAUAUGGUCCAGCCCAGCCACAGCUGUGCUGCUUGGAAGCAGGCAGCCCCUCACCCCCCCCUCCCCUCCCCCUGGGGGUCCUGUGUGCGGAGCUGGGGAGGUUGUGGUAGCCAGGAUCCCGUUUACCUCCAAGCUGUAGUACAAGGCUUCUGGCUGGCUGGGACAUGCCAGUGGCAGCCCCUCUGUGCCAUCUGCUCUAUCCCGGGCAGGGGUGCUAGUGGCCAAGUCACAGGUUCUUGAGCUCUCAUAUGCUCUGUGAAGCAGCUCUGAGCUGGCUGCUUGGUAUUACCUGUGCAAUCAGAGCCAUGCUUUUAAUGCUCAUCUCUGGCCUCUGUGCCAUCUCCCACAGCCUGGCAUAGAGAGGGGUGGGGACACAGUGGAUCCCUGCUCUGAUCUAUCCUGCAGCUCAGCCCCCACUCAGGAUGGUGUGGUUGGACUGAUGAGGAUCAGGCACACACUCCACAAAAUGGUGGAGGAAGUGGGGUUCCCUUUUGGCUUUCCCUCCCUAAGACUUCACGUGUGCUCCAGUAUACUCAGCACAUCGAGCAACAGGCCAAGACCCCUCACUUGAACCCUCUGACCUUGCAAUGUCCCACAGCUUGUCACAGGCCAGCCUGAUACCAUCCAUGUCCCCUUCCAAGCCUGGUUUACAGCUGUCAGUGAGCAAAGCUCUGAGCAACCUUUCCCCUUUGGGAAAGGUUGAUCUCAUCUAAAACCAGCAUGCCUUGUUAAAAAACUAUUAAAAAAUCUGAAAUUGUGGCAGUGACAUCAGCCACCAAGCCAUGUA